UGUUGAUGCUGUCCGUGCGCGAGGACGACUGAUGUUAGCGCGAAGAAACAUAGAAAGACUACCGGUAGAGCGGCAGCAAGUCCCGGCGCUCGAAUCGGCAGUGGUGAGCACCACCGUUUCUUCCUCGUUCCACCCUCGCUCCUCCUCAUCCUCAUUUCUUCUUUCUCCCUGUGAUCCCAGAUAGAGAGAUAGAUUCCUUCGUUUUUUUCUUUUCUCGUUAUAGAUCAAUGCGAAAUAACUAUUCAACGACGAAAGAUUACACGCACGUCUCUCGUUCCACGAUUCUUCGGCAAUGCCUUUUUUUCACUAUCUUAUCUAAUCGUCUAUGAGAGAGAAAGAUAAAGAACGCGUUGCCGCAGAGUUAUAUAGUAUCACACUUUCUAUCGUUGUACAAGUGUCUGUACGAGUCAUUCUCACGAGUAUCUUUCCUCGACGCUACUACUAAACGGAAUCAUAAUCGCGUCUAUACCAGGUGAAAAUCAUCCGUGAUAGGAUUGCCGCUAGCGAUGUGUCAUCGGUUCUUUCGUGGAAGGAGAAGACGUGGAAAGUGAGCUUGUACGAUGAUAACGAUUAUGCGACGACACGUUGUUGUUUUCCUUGGUCUCAUCAUUGUUGAAUUUCUUUCGUGUUCAGCGGAAGACAAACGAAUUGGAAUAGUAUUGUUCGGGGAUCCAUGCGAGAGGGACUUUAAUUGCAUAAAGAAUGCAUAUUGCCGUAGCCAACGCAUCUGUCAGUGCGAGCAAUAUUACUCACCCAAUCCUGAGAAGACGGUUUGUCUAGCCACAGCCGGAUUAAGUUGCAACGAUGACUCUACUUGCGCUACCAUGUCCAAUGCAGUUUGUCGUCAAAACGUAUGCAGUUGCAAAGACGCGUUUACCCUGGAUAUAAACAAUUCGUCUAAUUGUAUAAGUAGGCCAUCGAAGGAAGGGGAUGCUUGUCAGAGAAGGGACGACUGCGAGGAAGCUAUGGAACGGGCAAUAUGCAUCGAUAAUAAAUGUCGUUGCAUCACUGGCCUUCGUUUCGUCAACGAAACUGGCAAAUGCAUUCAGGCUCGUGGCCGAUAUAAUACAUGUACCAAGGAUUACGAGUGUUUCCUCGACGAUGGUACACCGAAUGUUUUGCAAUGUAAAAAUGACGAAUGCGUUUGCAGAGAUAACGAUCCUCGGCUCGUCCAUUGCAGCGACAACGAUAGGGCUAAUCGUAUCGACGAUAAUCGUAACACGGAUAGCGUAAUUAACAUAAGAAUGCAUUGUUACGACUUUAGUAAUAGACAAACAACACGAAAGUUUUGUAUAUGAAAAUACAAUUUUUGUUCUUUCCC